GUUUGGGCCAUGAAUCCCGUUUCAUAAAAAUUUGACGUGAUAUUAGCUGGGCCAUAAAGCCCAUUAUUUCUAGAUGCAGAGAACUGAGAAAUGCCGACUCGAGAUCCCCCUUCGUCAGUCCUUCAACCCUACUUCCCUCUAUCAAUUCAGUACCUUUUGAUCUUCCUCUUCUCCGUUCCGUUUCACGAUUUGAUCCUCGAACCAUCAAUACAUCCUUCACUUCGUCUCUCUUUACUCUCAUUUAUGGAUUCGCUUUGCUCUUCUCAUCAAGAUUUUAUUUAUAAAGCUCUCGAUCGAAGUUUUAUUUCGAUCAAACUGCGUUCUAUAUUCUCAUUAGUACAUCGCUAUUGCAAUGAGUUCCAAUGGAAAAUCUGCGUACUCUGGUGAUUCCCGCUCGGAGAAACCAAAAGACGGUGAGGCUGGCGACUUUUCCGGUCCGAUCAAGCCUAUCGGCACACACGAUGUCUCUUCCGGCCUCUCGAUCGGCGAUCCCCGCUCGAAGAAAGCCAAAGGCGAUGCUUUGGUAUCCUCUCCAAGUCUGACCAAACCCAGCGGCAAUAGAGGUGUCUCUUCCGGCGUCUCGAUCGGCUCACCUAAUUCGAAGAAUCCCAGUGGUCCGAUCAUUCAGACCGCAAAGACCAGUGUCUCUUCAGGCGUAAGAAGCAAAGCCGCUGUCUCCUCUGGUGUCAGGGGAAAAGCUAUUGUCUCCGCCAACGUUGGGAGAGUGAUGCCUUUCAAAGACGUGAAAUUUGGACCUCAUGAAGGCGAGUUGAGGUUUCGGUUGAUCCACUUUUGGGAAGCUCGCAAUGUUCAGACGAAGUUGCUUAUCGGUCUCGAAAUGCUUCUCAUCGACCAAGAGGAAACUAUUAUUCAGGGCUUCAUCCCAGCUGGGAGGAUGGACACUUAUUUGCCACACAUGAGAGCUGGUGGCAUUUACAGGCUCAAUAAUUUUUUUGGGUCUAAUAACAAGACAUUGUAUCGGGUAUCCGAGCCAAGUGUCACCAUCACCUUCUCAUCGACCUCUGUCCUCUCUAAUCUAGAGGACAGUUUGGUUUGUUUCCCUGAGGACCGUUUCCGAUUCUAUGGAUAUGAGGAGUUCAAUGCUGCCUGCGACUUGAAAGGGGAUCUUUAUGAUUAUGUUGGCCACAUCAAACUUGUGAAUCCUCAAUGACAGUCUCAUGGUAGA